GGCACAGCUUACUACGUCCAGGUGUCCGCCUACAACAUGAAGGGCUGGGGACCCCCACAAGCCUCCGUGCCCCCAUUCGCCAUCCCUUCCAAUUGGCGGGAAUAUGACGGCCGGGCUCCACGGCGAAGGGGACAAGCUGAAGCCCUGGACCAUCUGCUGAGCCAGGUGAAGACUGUCCACCAGCACUGUGUCUGCCAUGAGCCCUGCAAGAACCAGCCCCAGAGCAGGAAGCACUCGGUCUCCAAGAGCCUCAAGCACCUUUUCCACCCUGGCAGCAAGUUUCUCAAGACGCUGAAGCGGGGCCUCUACCUGACAGCCAUCUUCUACAAGGACGACAACAUCCUGGUGACCCAUGAAGACCAGAUCCCUGUGGUGGAGAUUGAUGACACCUACUCCUGCUUGCUCAUGCAGGAUUUUCUCUGGUUCACCAAGGUGUCGUGCAUGUGGGAGGAGAUCCUGUGGCUGCGGCAGUGUGUCACCGUCUCCCAGUCGUCCUGCUCCUGCAUCCUGCAGACACGCUUCAAGAUGCUGCUGGCCAUCUCGCAAAUGCAGGGGCUGCUGGGCAUCCAGGACCUGGGGCAGGUCUUCUUCGAGCCCGUCAAAGACAAACAGGGCAACAUCCUCAUCGUCACCCUGAAGGAGGUGAAGACCAACCAGACCUUCGAGAGCGUCCGCUGGGUUCCCAUCUGCAAGCUGCAGACCAGCCGCAAGUCCGUGUCCUCCCCGGAGGAGCCCACCGCGCUGGACAUGCUGCUCAUCUCCGUCCAGGACAAGCUGGCUUACCACCAGCGAAGCAGCCAUGCCCUCUCCCCAGGCCUCUAUCUGGGCUACUUGAAGCUCUGCAGCGCCGUGGAUCAGAUCCGAGUGCUGGUGCCGGAGCGGCUCCCCAACAUCCUGUGCCACGUCAAGAUUCGCUCCAACCCCAACAUCUCCAGGGAGGAGUGGGAAUGGCUGCAGAAGAUGGUCAGCGUGGAGGAGCCUGUUCCUGCAGAGCCAGAGGCUAAGACCUCUCAGAACCACUUGUUUCAGGAGCUGCAAGUGGCCAUCAAGGAGCUGAUGACCCUGGUCAACAUCCCACUGCAAGAGGCCAAAGAUUUCCGUCUGUACAGCCAAGAGGUGCUGGACUUCGGGGGUCAAGUCUCCUUCCUGCUGCUGCUGCCUCCAUCAGAUGACGUCUGCACUGCUCCGGGCCAGAACAACCCCUACACCCCUCGCUCCGGCUUCCUCACGCUGCCGCUGCAGAUCUUUGAGCUGGGAGGGAUGGAGAGGGGUGCCGAGGGCUCCCUGGGUGGGCUAGAGGCCGGCUUCCUCACGCUGCCGCUGCAGAUCUUUGAGCUGGUCCACUUCUUCACGUAUGACCGGGAGUUCGUCACCCAGUACUGCCAGGUGUCCGCCCUCCUGGAGCUGGAGUCGCUCCUCUCGCAGCAGAGUCUCCGGGAGGCCUUCUCCGACGCCGAGCUCUCCACCGCCAAGCAGAGGCACCAGCAGGUUCAGGACUACAUCCAGCAAAUGGAGGAGAUCUGGCGCGAGAUGCGCUGGAUCAUGGAUGCCCUGCAACACGCCCGGUACAAGCAGCCCUCCUGCGGCGUGUCUCUCAGCGGCUUCCUCGGCGAGGCCGGCGGGGCGAUGAAGGAGAAAACCCAAUCCACCUCAUCCCACCUCGACUACCUUCCCUCCCCGGCACCCUCCCCGGAGACCAACUCGCACGGGCUGUCGGAUGAGGAAGGCUCCUCCGAGGUGUUCCUGGCGACCGACAGCGACUACGACUCCAGCAGGGCACAGAGCCCGAAGGAGCUCGACCUGGUCUACUCCUCCUCGGGGCCCGAGUGCUGCAGCAGGAGAGUCGCCCGCACCCUCCGGGACAGCGCCCCGGACUACGAAACCGGACUCUCCAAAGAAACCAGCGUCAAGCUGCACAUCACCAGCCAGACGUCCGCCGGGGAGGUGGUGAAGCUGGUGGUGCUCGAGAUGAACGAUGUGUCCCGCGGCGUGCUGGGCGACUCAGCCGCCUUCUGCUACGGCGAGGAGCAGCUGGAGCACUUUGGACUGGUGUUCGCCUUCGACGAGAGUGAACGAUGGCUUCCCGAUGACUUCUUGCCUCUGUCCCUCCAAAAUUCCCAGCCCGAGGGGCGGUUCUACGUCCGGAUCAAGGAGACGUCCCCACUGGUGCUCCAGUACGGGCCAGCGACCACCGUAUGAGAGGAGGAGAGCCGGAGCCGGCCGGGCGGCGGAAGCUUCCGGAGAGCAGACAGCUCGUCUCUGAUGCUUCCUUCUUCCACAGACACCCUCUCAUCAGGCGUCCGCGGGGUGGAAUGGGAUCAUACUGGGCUGUGUGUUAUUUGUUUGUGUUUUUCUUUUUUUUUUUUUUAACCAAAGAGACAUCGAGACUCAGUUUUUCUGACUGCAGAAGAGGAGGGUGGAGUGCGGAGACCUCAGAGCUUGGGAGGAAUCUCUGCAGGAAUGGAAUUUUUGAAAGUAAACAUUUUUAAGGGGAAAUUUGAGGGGAGAGAGAGAGGAAAAAUAUUACAAGAAGAAGCAGCAAUACCUUUUUCUUUCUUCUUUUUCUGAAAAGCCUUGUUUGGGAUUCACUGGGAUUGCUGGGGAGGGUUGUGGUGUCA